GUACGCUGGCUUAGUUGACUUUUGUAGAAUUACUUGUUGAAUAUAUACAAUUUUUUAUAGUUUUAGUUUUUGAUUUCGUAAAUAGUUUUUAAGGGUUGUCUUUCUGAGGAAGAGGAAAGCAUUUUCAGGGCUUAUUUCUCUUUCCCUUUUGGUUUUGAGAUACUUCUUUGGCUCUGAUGGCAUAACUUUCUUAAACACAAAUUAACUUUGUUAAAAGUUUUUUUUCUAACACUCUACUUUCCUUACCUAAGUUAGUUUGGCCCAAUUUCUUUUUAAAUUUUCAUAUUUUGAUCUUUUCUUAAGCUAAAAAACAGCCCUAAAACGCUGCAGAUUCUUCAUCUUCUGUAAUCAAACAAGUGAGAUAUAUAUUUUUGCCAUACUUAUUUUAGUUAAUUGUUCCGCAUAUUUUAUGACAGACUCGCUCGCUCUCUCUCGCUCUCUCACUCUGCCUGUUUCUCUCAAUUUCCUUUGUUUAAUCUCUACCUCGCAGCUGAGUUUUCCGCUCUUUUCGCUUUUACUUUCGAUGUGCAAAAACGAUGAGCAGAAUGAAGAAGCAUUUUCAAACACGUCAAAAAUGUUUUUGAUGCUUUUUCGAAAUUCGAAAAACCGCUCGCUCGGCCUGCCUUCGUGUGAAAUUUAUGGCGGCACAGUAUGAGUGUGUGUGUUGAAAAUUCUGAGGGGCAUAUUUCGAAAUUGGCAGACACGUAGAGAUAAUUGAAAGAAGAUGAGGAAAAUGGUGAUGAUCUGGGAUACACACACACACUCACAUAUACUGGCUGCCAAGUUAGCCUCUCUCUCAUACAAAUGGACUUCGAAUUUUCCCGUGAAAAUCAUUGACGUGUAUGCGUGUGUGUAUGUGUGUUGCGAGUGUGAGUUCAGGAAUCGGAAUUGAAAAUUUUUCAGCGCUGCCUUUCACAUUUCAGUAGUUUCCGUUAAUGCGUUCGCCACGUCGAGUUAGCUCCUUGAUUUUUUUCUUUUCCUGUCGCGUUGACGGUAAAAAUCAUAACAAUUGAAAAAAAAAUAUUAAAAAACAAAUACAACACACAACUUGUGCUUAAAGUGGCUAAUCAGCAAUAAAAAAAAAAUCAAAAAUAAAAAAAAAAAUAUAAUUAUAAAACGUGAAAAAGAAAACUGUCAGCAUUUUAUGCGUGGAAAAUCGCUAAGGAAAAUCGCAGACAACGACUCGUGAGCGCUUACGUCAUGCGAAAAAAUUUAUCUCCUACAUCGGAUUAUAUAUAUAUAUAUAUAUAUAUAACUAUAUCUAUAUCUAUAUGGCACAUAUGGGCAAAUAGCGAAAGCCAAUAAUAAACAUAUAUUUCGAGCAUGAAAAGUCCAUUGGAAUAAUUGAAAAGCCAUCGAUGAUUCCAGCUGACCUUCAGCCAAUGACAGUUCAAUUUCAGUUCUAUUUACGUUUCUUUCAAAUUCAGAGUUUUAAGGGGUUUUUCGAAAAUAUAAACCAUAAGAAUUUAUGGGAAUUUGGAAGUUAAUUAAAUAAACAAUUUGAUUAGCUUUCAGUUUUCUCUGUUUUCUAGCCAAAUUAAGACCUUAAUUAGUGUUUGAACUUAAAAAUUAGCUAGAAAUAUUUGCAAUAUCUAAUUCCCUUAAAAAAUAUUUGCGGAAAUCUUGUCUUUGCCUGUUCGAUUGCGGGGAAUUAAACCUUUUUUUUUGGCCCAAUUAGGCUAUAAUUAAUGUGACUUCGGGUAUUGCCAAAUUCUGGCACAUUAUGACAGCCGUUUUGAAAUCUCGAAAAAUUGUAUAAUUAAACAGCGGCAGAGCGUCGGAGGGCAAAGAUAUAAUAUAUACAUGUACGACAGACAGCCACCCUAUAUAAAUAUAUAUAUAUAUUUCAAGCAAGCGUUAACCUGUGAAGAAUAAACUGAAGUGCCAUCGAAUUUAUGGCUGAAUCUGAAUCUCUCUUGGCCCGUUCUAAAUUUAUCAUCUUGCCCAAUUGAAUUGUGGGAUUAGUCUUGUUAGAGAGUCUGCCACCGCACUUGCAAUUAAAUUGACUUAUUGACAUCGAAUUGGCUUUGGCCGGAAAUCGAAAUUGAAAUUGAAAUUUAAUUAAUUUACUAAAUGAAAGACAAAUGGCUGAAAAAGGGGAAGUGCAGGUUUUUCUAAGCUAAAUUGUAGAUCUCUUGUUUAUUGUUUUGAGUUUGAGAUUGUUAAGCAAAAUCUUGACAAGUUUUUACAACUCUUGAAAGAAGAACUUGGCUUAAGUUGAUCGAUCUCCUAUAUAUAUAUAUAUAUUCCGAAUAUAGUCUAUUGUUUGGCCAUAAAAAGUCAAAGCUAUACGGUCUGUGCCAUUUAGAUAAUGAUAUUUAUAUAUCUGCCCAUUCGAAAACAGCGUAAUUACGAUUAAAAUAUGAGAGCCUAAGCGAACCGAAGGAAACAAUUAAGCUAAAAGCAGAGGAAAAGUAGAGGAAAAGCAGAGGAAAAGCAGCGGAAAAGCAGCGGAAAAGCGCCGGAAAAUAAGCAAAACAAAAAUUCAAAACCGAAGGUUCUGUCUCUCCUCGUGUUUUGGUGUUCUUUUUUUUUUUGUUUUUUUUUUAUUUUGAUUUUUGUUUGAGUGACUUUCGGCCAAAAUAUGCCUCUGUAUUCGGAUUCCACAAACUAUUACUAUAGUGGCGGCAGCAGCCAGCUGUAUUCGCCUUACUAUAGCUCCGGUUUGGGCCUGAAUUUGGGCCUAGGCUCAUCGCCCGGAUCGAGUUAUACCUCCAGCUAUAACCGUUCGUAUCCGGCCAGCUAUAUGGUACCGCUGAGUCCCUCCUCGCCCAGAUCAACGAGCAGUUAUUCCAGUGGCUCCGCCGGUGGAAGUAGUUCUCUACAUGGCCUGGGCUCCAGAUAUCAACCAAAGUUAACCACCAUCACGGAGACGGGCAGGCAUAGUGGUCAUAGCAGUCUGAUGCCCUUGACCAGAAUUAAUUCACCAAACUAUAGCAAUUCGGUUGCGACUCCUAGCUAUAGCUCAUCGGGUGCCAGCAGUCGAUAUAUACCAGCCAGACCGAUAGCCAUUAAUACGGCUGAUAUCGAUGUGAGUUCAUCGAGAUAUCGCCGUGGUGUUACCCCCAGAUCAGAGGACAGGGAGAUCAAGGAGCAGCAGUCCAAAGAGCAGCAAUCCAAGGAGGAAGUCAAGCAGAAGGAACAAGAGGAGCUUAAGCCAUCGCAAGCCAAGGAACCAACACCAAUCGAGAUAACAGAACCAAAUGCCGAAGCUAGACCAAAUCGUAGAUCCACAAUCAAAAGAAAUCGACCUGUCGUUAGACUAUCAACCAUACGACGACGUAGCAAGGAUCGCGGUGAGCGAGAGAGUCCCAAGAAGGAGCAGGUUCAGGAGCAUCAAUUCAGGGACUUGCCACCUGCCACCGAACCCAGUUUAAGUUGGCGCCAGAAAUUGGCUGAAGAAUUGGCCGCAUUUCCAGCCACAAGCAAUAAGAAAUCUCCAGGAGAAUUACUACGUGAACGAUUCUAUAUAAGAGAUGAAAAGGAGGAGGAGCAACCCAUCUCCAAUCAAGCCAGGAUCCAGCUACUCAGCCAACCACAAAGUGCUCUAAGAACUCAAACUGCAGAGAUUGAGAUCAGUGCCAAGAAGGAGAAAGAUGAGGAGGAGAAGGACAAGGAGGAUUCGGAUAAACAGGAACAGGAGAAUCUUGAGGAAAUGCAAGAGACCAUUCGACGUUUGAGUCUGGUCCAAUGUCCCACUUUUCAUGACAUUUGCGAGGAUAUUUCCUCGGAUAAGAUCGAUGAUGAUCUGAAUGCCGGUGAGCUCCGGCGACGGGCUUCCAUAAUCCAAGAACAAGAACAGGAAAUCCUAAACAAAUUGCAAAAAUCAAACUCAGGAACCUUCCAAUUGAUUCAUCUGGAACGGAGAUCCAGUCAUGAUAGCACCACUACCAACGAUGAUGAUCACAAGGAGCGAUCGAAAAGGCGUUCCAAGAAGACCAAAAAGUUGCGUCACAAGAUCACCGCCAUUGUGGAGGUGGAGAAUGCCCCCCAAGCCACGCCAGUGGAUCAUAUGCCAAGUGUCCUGGAGUUAAACGAAGAAUCUCUAUUGGUGCAACCUUUGAUUUCACUUUCCGGUUCCGGUUCCGGUUCUAGUUCUACACCCAGUCCCAGUCCCAAGCCAAAGUUCACCGUUAACGUAGAGUCUGUGGAGGAGCAUCAUCAGAUCCACAAGGUCUUUAAGUUGCCCAAGAAAAAGACAGUGCCCAAGGAGCAAGAGGAGUCAUCUCUGCCCGAGGGAUUCAUGAAGGCUGCACCCAAAACGGCCAAGACAUCGCCUUUGAAGAAGGCCAACAGCAAAGAGCAGCAUUUGAGUGAGGCACAGAUUUUCACCUUCGAUGAGGCAGCCAUACAGCAGCAGCAGCAGCAGCAACAGAGCCAGCUGGCCAAUCAACAACAGCAACAAGUGCAACAGCUGCAGCAACAGCAACAGCAACAGCAAUCGCAGCAACCCAAAACCGAGACCAAGGUCGAGGGUGUGGCCACACCCAAGCCCAUUCGAAAGGCUAUACAAAAAUCCGAGAGCGGUGAAGACUUUUGGUCGCAAAUUGGUUCCAGGGAAACUCUGUAUAUGACCAAUCGCAAGAAGGUCUUCAACGAGCGACAGGAGCAACUUCUCGAAGAGGAAGUUCCCAAGUCACCAACCAAGACAGAAGCUAAGACACCCAAGACACCAACCACGCCUAAACUAAAGUCGGAAAUUCUCAUAGAGCUGAAGACAACGCCUUCGGUGGCAGCAACAACUGGUGGCAAAACAGCAGUACCGAAGGUACUACCAACACCACUAACUCCAACAGUUGUCAAAACCAAUCAAGUGGAAGUACAGAAAGUGGAAAAUACAAGCAAAACUCCAGCUAGUUCCUUACCAAAAGCCAAGGGAAUAGAAACAUCAACAGCAGCUAAGACGGCCAUUGAUGAUGUUAAGCCAAAAGCAACAGCAAUGGCUAAGAAAGAUUUGCCCAAGUUAAUAACAACAACAGAGGAAGCUAAGCCAAUCGUAACAACCAAGACAGCAGCAGCAGUUGCAACACCAACUAAAGAUUCCCCAAAGACACCACAAAUUAAGGUAGAAAUAUCACCAAAAACUGAUAAUGCAUCAGAGGCACCCACUAAAAAGCCUACAACACUGCAACUUAAGCCAGAAACACCAACAAAGGAUUCGCAAAUGAAAGUAGGAACACCAGUUAAAGACUCACCAACAACGAAAGUAGCAACACCUGUAAAAGAUUCACCAACAACACCACAAAUCAAAGUGGAAACACCAACCAAAGAUUCUCCAACAAGAAAGGUUGCUGCUACACCAGCAACACCACAAGCCAAGUCAGCUGCAACAACAAUACCAACACAAAUCAAAGCGACAACCACCAAAGUUGACACACCAGCAACACCACUAAAAACACCACAAGCCAAACCAGCAACAGAUGAUGCCAAAACAGCACCAGCAACACCAAAGAUAACAACGGCCAAGAUUAACAUGACAGCAACAGCAACAGCAGCAGCAGCAGCAGGAAAAACAAUAUCACCCAAGGGGGCCAAGCAAUCUGGCAACGCCGUAGCCAUGACAACAGCAACAGCAACACCAGCGGCCAAAUCAAAAUUGAACGAAACAGCAGGGCCAAAAAUAAAUAGCGGGCAGCCGGCCAAGUCACCUGAACAACAACAGGCAACGGCAGCCGCAGUCGCAGUCGAAACGAAAAUAAAUAAAACAACGCACAAGGAACAACAGCAACAGCAACAGCAACAGCAGCAGCAACAAUCGAUCGACACGGCAGCAACAUUGGUGCCACAAACGGAAACCAAAACGAAAUUGACGGAAGCCGCUGAGCCAACGGCCAAGUCAAAGGUGCAAUCACCGAAAACGACAAAGCCAAAAAGUGCCGGCAAAACAAAUGUUGGCAAAAAGAAAGCUGCAACGCCAGCUGCAUCAGGAGCAGCAACGCCACCAACGCCAGCAGCAGCGGCAGCAACAGAAACUGUAACAGCUUUGUCUGAGAGCAAUGUGACCCCAAUCAAUGCCGAUCAAUUUAUAACGCUGGCCCCCACAAAGGCGGCCAAAACAUCGCCGAACAAGCAACAACCAUUGCAAGUGCAACAGCAACAGCAGCAACAGCAACAGAAGCAGCAGCAGCGGCAACAGGCCACAAAUGCGUCAUCGCCGGCGGCAACAGGCGAUGCAACCACAACGCCCACAACAAUAACAAUUGGUGUUGCUGCUGUUAAUGUUGCUGUUGCUGUUGCUGUUGCUGAUGCUAAUGCUGCUGCUGAUACUACUACCUCGCUCAGCGGCAACAACAGCUGCGGCGAAGGCGUCGGCAAUAAUUUAUCAAAGUUUGCAACAGUAUCGAAUUUGGCACAGUGUCUGCGAGACGUUGAUGCCGAGCUAGAGGACUAUAUACCCUCGUCGGCGGAAAAUAGCGAAGACGACGACGAAGACGAAGAUAGCGACGACGACAACAGCGGCGACAGCAGCAACAGUUCCGACGAUUAUUCCAGUGUUGACGGUUGUGCAAAUUUAAGCGCCAGCAUGAAGAAGAAACAGCGCAAGGAGAAAAAGAAGCAAAAGGCGAAAGCCGCCGCCGCUGAAGCCAAACGGUUUGAUCCUCACAAAAAGAUCAAAAUCGAUACAACCAACAAGUGUUAUGUGAAGGAGGAGGCGCCACGAUAUCCAUUGGUGGCCACACCGCGUCCCCUAUGGAAACGUGAAAAAAUCGUCUAUUCCGAUGAGAAUACCGAUGAUGAGAGUGGCAGCGAAGAGGGUAGCGGUGGAUCAUUGGAUGAGGAUAGUGAUGAUGAGAGUGGCGGCGAGGAAUGCAGCUCAUCCAGCAGUAGUGCCAGUUCUGAGGAUCUCGAUGUGGCUACCAAGGCUACCAAUUCAUCGUCUACGACCACAACGGUUGUGGAUUCACCCAGUUCGGGUGGCUCAAAUGCCGGGACAUUGGGUGUAACAAGUGGUGGCGGUGCCUCAACAUCAAGUUCGCCGUCCAUCAUCCGGAUGAGCACCUGCAGCAACGAUUCCGGAUUCGAAGGCGGCACUGCGCCCUCCAGUCCCAAGAAGAUGUUAGAAACAUCAUAUACAUAUUCACAAUUCCAAAAAUCCGGACGUUUCACUGCGCCAGCAACAGUAAUACCUAGAUUUAAGAAUUAUUCGGUAGAUGAUUUCCACUUUCUGGCCGUUCUUGGCAAGGGAAGUUUUGGCAAGGUUCUUUUGGCUGAGCUGCGUGAUACCACGUACUACUAUGCCAUCAAGUGCCUGAAGAAGGAUGUCGUCCUGGAGGAUGAUGAUGUCGACUCGACCCUUAUUGAACGCAAGGUCCUGGCCUUGGGCACCAAACAUCCCUAUCUGUGUCAUCUGUUUUGCACCUUCCAAACGGAGAGCCACUUGUUCUUUGUGAUGGAGUAUCUGAAUGGUGGUGAUCUCAUGUUCCAUAUCCAGGAGAGCGGACGCUUUUCCGAGGAACGGGCCAGAUUCUAUGGUGCCGAGAUCAUCUCGGGCCUUAAGUUCCUUCACAAAAAGGGCAUUAUCUAUAGGGAUCUCAAACUGGAUAAUGUCCUGCUGGAUUAUGAGGGACAUGUUCGUAUUGCCGACUUUGGCAUGUGCAAAUUGCAAAUCUAUUUGGACAAGACGGCCGAUAGCUUUUGCGGCACACCCGAUUAUAUGGCGCCCGAAAUCAUAAAGGGUGAAAAGUACAAUCAGAAUGUGGAUUGGUGGUCGUUUGGUGUGCUGCUCUAUGAGAUGCUAAUCGGACAAUCGCCAUUCAGUGGCUGCGACGAGGACGAGCUUUUCUGGUCAAUUUGCAAUGAAAUUCCAUGGUUCCCAGUCUAUAUAUCCGCCGAGGCCACAGGGAUACUCAAGGGGCUGCUGGAGAAGGACUAUGCGAAGCGUAUUGGUUCGCAAUAUAGUCCAGCUGGUGAUAUAGCUGAUCAUAUAUUCUUUCGGCCUAUCGAUUGGGGAUUACUGGAAAAGCGGCAAAUUGAACCGCCAUUUAAGCCUCAAGUAAAACACCCCUUGGAUACGCAAUAUUUCGAUAGGGUUUUCACCAGGGAAAGAGUUCGUCUUACGCCCAUCGACAAGGAAAUACUGGCAUCGAUGGAUCAGAAGCAGUUCCACGGCUUCACCUACACGAAUCCUCACAUCACCUUGGACUAAAAAAAAAACUAAAAAAAAAAGGAAAAGCCUAAUUAAUAACCUAAUUAAUUAUUUAGAGCAACAGUAUUUGUAUAUGUAAAUAUUUAUUAUGGCAAAAGAGGGAGUGCAAAAAGAGAGGAGCCCCAAAAGAAGAUUAACAACAACCAAAGAAUGCGUUGAAAUCGGGAAAUCGAAAUUUGAAUUAACUUUGUAAUUAAGCUUGGAAGCUCAUCGGAUUUUACGAUCGUAAUUCUAGUCAGUUUAGCUAUACUUCUAUGUCUUAAGUCUAAUUGUACAGAUAUCCCUCCCUCCUCAUAUAUACCUAAAACUAUAUCUAUAUAUACCUAUAUAUUUUUUUUUUUGGCAAAUUAUUUGUUCUUAAUUUUAGUGCUUAAGCAAAAGGUCUAUACGUCUAUGAGAAAUUAAAAAAUAAACUAAAAAAUAAACAACAAAAA